GCAUGCGCAGCGGGAGCGGGCCCGGGAGUUGGGGCGGGCAGUGUCUUCCGUGUGCCACGGUCGUCGCUUCAGCCUCGCUGUUCCUGCCAGUCUGUGGCUGCUUUGCCGGUGUUGGCCCCUCGAGGGGAAGGGAGUGGGCCGACAGAGCGUGCGUGCGCGGGGAUCUCCGCAGUCCCAGCAGUUCCCCUCGCGCAGGAGUCAGAGCAGACGGGGGAGGCCCUCGACGGCGCCAUGUCGGCGGGCGGCCAGUGCCCGGCGGGGGCCGGUGGGGGCCCGGGGGGCGCCUCCUGCGCCGUGGGGGUCUCCCCCGGCGGAGUAUCCAUGUUCCGAUGGCUGGAGGUGCUGGAGAAGGAGUUCGACAAGGCAUUCGUCGAUGUGGACCUGCUCCUGGGAGAGAUCGAUCCGGACCAGGCGGACAUCACUUAUGAGGGGCGACAGAAGAUGACCAGCCUGAGCUCUUGCUUUGCGCAGCUCUGCCACAAAGCCCAGACUGUGUCCCAAAUCAACCACAAGCUAGAGGCACAGUUGGUGGAUCUGAAAUCUGAACUGACGGAAACCCAAGCAGAGAAAGUGGUAUUGGAGAAAGAAGUACAUGAUCAGCUUUUACAGUUGCACUCUGUUCAGCUUCAGCUUCAUGCUAAAACUGGCCAAAGUGUUGACUCUGGUACCAUUAAAGCAAAAUUGUCUGUCCCCUCUGUGGAGGAGCUGGAGAGAGAGCUUGAAGCAAACAAAAAAGAAAAAAUUAAAGAGGCUCAACUUGAAGCUGAAGUGAAAUUGUUGAGAAAAGAGAAUGAAGCCCUUCGUAGGCAUAUAGCUGUUCUCCAGGCUGAAGUUUAUGGGGCAAGACUGGCUGCCAAGUACUUGGAUAAGGAACUGGCAGGAAGGGUUCAACAAAUACAAUUACUAGGACGAGAUAUGAAGGGACCUGCUCAUGAUAAACUUUGGAACCAAUUAGAAGCUGAAAUACAUUUGCAUCGUCACAAAACCGUUAUCAGAGCCUGUAGAGGACGCAAUGACCUGAAAAGGCCAAUGCAGGCACCACCAGGCCAUGAUCAAGACUCCUUAAAGAAAAGCCAAGGUGUUGGUCCAAUUAGGAAAGUUCUCCUCCUUAAGGAAGAUCAUGAAGGCCUUGGCAUUUCAAUUACAGGUGGGAAAGAACAUGGUGUUCCAAUCCUCAUCUCUGAGAUCCACCCAGGGCAACCUGCCGAUAGAUGUGGAGGGUUACAUGUUGGGGAUGCGAUUCUGGCAGUCAAUGGAGUUAACCUAAGAGACACAAAGCACAAAGAAGCUGUAACCAUUCUUUCCCAGCAGAGAGGAGAGAUUGAAUUUGAAGUAGUUUAUGUGGCUCCUGAGGUGGAUUCUGAUGAUGAAAAUGUAGAAUAUGAAGAUGAGAGUGGACAUCGUUACCGUUUGUACCUUGAUGAGUUAGAAGGAGGUGGUAAUCCUGGUGCUAGUUGCAAAGACACAGGCGGGGAAAUCAAUGUAUUACAAGGAUUUAAUAAGAAGACAGUAACUGAUGCACAUGAAAAUGGAGACUUAGAAACUUCGAGUGAAACUCCCCUAGAUGACAGUGCUUCUAAAUUAGAUGAUCUGCACAGUCUGUAUCAUAAAAAAUCUUAUUAAAUUGACUAUAUUUCCAGACAAGAUUGUUGAAUUUGGAGCACUAGGGUAGAUGGUAACAAAGACUAUACAUGAUUAAGGGAGGCUGUUUGUUGCCUAAAUGAAAGGCACGUUCCUCGGGGCUUCAGAUGAACAAUUCUAAAUGCAUAAACACCGCCAUUUUCUGUGGUAUACCAUAGUUAGCAAGUGCAUGCAAAGCAAUUUUUAUUUUCUUAAAAUUGUAAGCACCAAAACAUGUGCUUCCCAAAGGGAAUUUACUAGAUACUCUUAAUGAAGCACUGCUGUUUUAUUUGGUUCUUUUUCCAUUUAGUAGAAAGGAAUUUUAUAAAAAAUAGCCUUUAAAUACAAGAGAGUAAGUGAGUUCGUAUUAUAUAUUCCAGAAUGUUAAAUAUGGUGUUUCAGAGGACGGAAGUUGACUCAGUGAAUUGCAGAAAUGUAGGCAUGACUUAAUUUUUUUUAAUUGAAAGAACAGUCUUAGUUUUUUUUUUUUUUAUUUAUUGUACACCCUGAUUUCUAAAUCAGUUCUUAAUGCUCACUUACUGUAAUAAGUUGGUCUUCGAGCUUUAUUCAAUGCAGUACAAAAUAGUUUUCUUCAAGCAAUCUUUAAUCAUUACUGCACUGGAAAUAAUUUCUGAAAAGGUCUUGCACAUUUUACUUUUUUGGUUUUUAAAAGAAAUGUAAAUGAAUGUAAAAUAUCUGUUCUCAAUUAUGUUCAUCAGUGUGCAUGGUAGUGGAACAUUACACUGUUAAUAUUUAGUCUCAAAUGCUUAUUUUCUGGGACCCACAAUGACAGUUUUAUGCAUUUUGAAUUGUUCAUAAAGCUUGUCUUGUGAUAGUCCUGGCACUUAAAGAUAAAUUUUUUUUUUAGUAAAAAUGCAAGUUGAAUACUAUGUCACAAAAUACAUUGCAUUCAAACAGCAGUUUUCUCUCAAAGUAACUGAUUUGAGAGCAUCUAAAAAACUGAGGGCAAAGGUGGGCAAAAUGAGGUGAGAACAUUUUGAUCCAGUAUUGUUUUGGUUGGUUUUUCAUGUCAGUGUAUAUUUGACUAAAGCACUCUUCAGAUGCAAGCUAUGAAUUUGCUAGUUCUCUUAUCCAGGAUUAAGCAUGGGAUGCCUCCUCUUUUAUUUACUGUUCUGUAGGCCAUUGUACCCUGCUGGGCAGUGUCAAAAUAUUACAUUUAAUGAGUUCAUAAGUUUUGCCAGUAUCACUGUUUAAAAGGAUAUACAUUUAAGGAAAUAUUAAGUGGAACAAAGCCUAGUAGGCUUUUAGAAUAUUAUCAGUAUCUUCCAUUUUCAAUAUUCAGAUGCUGUGUGAUCUUAAACACAUUUUUUUGUCUUUUCUAUGUGCACUAUAUAUUUGUUCAUAGAUAAAUCUAUAAGAUGUAUAUACUUUAUUUGGUGACUUUGCUAUUUAUAAAUUUUAUGUUUUAACUGGCUCAUUUAUGGUUUGUUUGGGUGGUUUUGUUCAUCUGUAUAUCACCAUGUUAGUUUGUAACAGAAGUGCACUUCAGAGUGUAUCUUGUUACUGAUAUUAAAGUAUGUUAUAGUGUAACAUUGCCUCUAAGCAAAAGCCAGUAUUUAAUUAUAACUGAAUAAGCAAGGUACAUAUUAUUUGCUCUGACAGGCUAGGCCUCUUAAAAGAAAAAAAAAAUUUUUUUUUCCUCAUACAUUCCCCCUACCCUUACACAAACCCCCAUGCAUGACAUGAGAUCUGCCAACUGGAUUUCAGCUAGUGUAAUCAUUUACAGAAAAAGUUUCCAUUGUGGCAGAUCUGAAAACUUUUUUUUGCUGUGACAUGAAGCCAUGUUAUUCUUAUCUUCAUAAAACACAAUCUGGGAUGGGAUAGCCAUCACAUUUUCAGAAAAUAUCCUUUAUCCAUUACUAUGACUGAAUCCUUUGGAAACAUAAACUUUGAUUUUCAAGAACUAGCUAAUGAAUCUGUAAAGAGUAUUUUUGAAUUGGCAUUUUUGUGAGGAUGCUGUGUAAUUUGAAGGCUUGUAUGAGAUGGGUUAUGAUAGAAAUUCCUUUUAAGGGCUGAUAAACAAAAUGGAAAAUUUUCUGUGUAGUUUAAAAUUCCACAGAUCAGUUUCCUUUUUAUUACCUCUUCACCUUGGUCUGCAAGCCUACAUUAGAGCACCGUGAGCUUCCUGUCAGUUGUUAGAGUGAUGUUAAAAGUUCAUUUUAGAAUAUAUGGCCUUUUGGGGAUGAACUAAGACUUUUUUCAAAGGACUGGAAGAAAAGCCGUUUUUAUAUUUUCACAUUUAUAGAAGAAAAAAUCAUAUAUAGCACUCAAGCUUCCAGGAAAAAACAAACAGAUGACAGAAUUAUUGCAAAACCAUUAGAAUUUUUAAAAGAAAAGAAAAAUAUACACAUGCACAUACAGAUAGAAUAAUUGAGAAAAAAAAAUUUCAACAUUACGUGUGGUUUGGGUGUAUAUGCAUAAAUAUUUACACCUUGAACUCUAAAAUUCUCUUCUACAGCAUCUCUUAUGAAUUGGUUGAAAAAGUGACAUUUGGGUUGUAGGACUAUUGUUAAAGUAAAUUUCAGAGAGAUGAAGAUUAAGUCUUGGUAAUUGUAACUGAAUAGUUGUCGAAAGUUGGCAGAGUUGUCCUUGGUGCUGGUUUCUUCCCCCACCACAGUGGACUUAUUUUUUUUUUCUUGUUUAGAAACUGAAAGGUAUAUUGACUCAUGUGUAUGUUGAACAAUUCUUUGACAUCCUUAUUUUAUUAUGUAAUCCAUUAUUUCACUAUCUAGUCUUUUAGGGUCAGCCUCAAAUCUGUAGGAUUUACAACAAAUGUAUUAUAUAAUCUAGUUAAGUUGAGUUUAAUAUUUUUUUUAUUAGCCUGUAAAUAAAGAUGGCACCUUCUACCUUAAAUGGUAUUGAUGUCAUUUUUUAAAAAUAAAUGUUUUAUUUUUCUUUCACAUUAAAUAUUUUUGUUUAUUAUUUAUUUCUAAAAGCUCCAUUAUUUGUACCAACAUGUCAUACACUCUGUGCAAAGGCUGAACUCAGUUACUAUGGUGAAGCCAUGUUUUUUUGGUGGGAGUUAACUGUUUGAUCUUUGGAACUUUUUAAUCUGAUUUAUUUAAAAAUAUGCUGCUUGGAAGGAACUGCCGGGGCAACCAUGGGACUAGUUUUCUGUUGAAACUUGGCAGAUGGAGAAAACUCUAGUCUCCUUGGCUUAGUUCUGAGUUAUAUUGAUGGCCAAUGUUAUCUAUGAAGAUAACAUUGAUAAAAAUUAGAAAACCAGUCCUACAUUCUAUGUAAGGAAGGAUGUUCUUCCAUUUUAUCAAUCAAACAUAUAUAAUUUAGAAGUUCCCAAAUUAGGCUUAAAAUAAUUUUUAGGAACAUUCAUUUUAAUCUGUCACUCAACUUCUUUGCCUCAGAAGUUUUACAUCAGGUAAUUUAUAGUUAAGAACUGGUUAUAUAAUGUGUAGGAAUGCCUUUUCUUUGCUAAGGGCAUUUAAGGUCAGGAAUUUGAACUUGCAAAUUGGUAUUGUACUCUCAGUAUUAAUAUAAAUCAUAAAUUUUGGGAAAGGACUUGAAUUAUGAAUGUUUGGAAAUACUUAAUUUUUGUCGUUGAAUAACCUUGAUUUAGUGUUAAUACAUAUGUGCUUUCUGUGUAUGGGUUUAAACUCUGAAUUCACUAAGCCAUUUGAAAAAAUUCUUUUCCCCAGAAUUCAUCUACAUAGGAUAUUGUUGAAUUUGUGAAAUUUAAAAGAUUAUUUGCAGUUUCCUUAUUAAUCAGUGUUCUAUUUUUAAUGGUUUUAGAACUGUAACUGGUUUUUUAUGUUUGUUUGUUUUUAAACCAAAAAGCAUUGCAAAUUACCCUGUGCUGUUGGUGCUAAAUAUUUGUUUGAUAAUAAAUCUUUUUCAGGUGUAUUUUGAGAGCCAUGUCACUGUUGUGGCAGCCAUGAGAAAGCAAUCUCUCAGGUCUCUACCUGCAGGAAGCGUAACUGACUGAAGGCCCCAGCUGCUGCGCUCUGAAAUCCAUCACUGUGUUCAUGCUGAGGCUACGCUUCCCACAGGCUGCUCCCAGCCAAUGACUGAUCAUGACAGGGAUGUGAUAACUCCUCAACUUUGGCUCACAGACUCCAUGAUGGUCUUGCCAAACUCCCUUAGGAUUGCGUUGUAGUCUAAGAUGCUUCUACUCAGCUUCCUUCCUCCUUUCCUUGACCUGGGGUCAGACCUGCAUUGUGGUCCAGUUGCCUCCCAGCCUCUCGCCAACCCCUGCUCCUUCCCUAUUUUCCCUCACCAGUGUUGCCCCAAUAAAUGUAUUGCACAGCUAAUCCUGUCUUAGUCUUGGUGGACCCAGAUUAACACAAGUGGACUAGGAAUGGGUUUGAGGAAACAGGUGGUAAAAUGGGGAUUUGGGAAACUGGACAACAUCCUGGUGGGUAAGUUGAGUACACGUAGUGCUUGGCACAAGCGCAGUUGCUAAAUAUUUCACAGGUGAUGUGCAGAAGAGUUAAUGUAACAAGCACAAGACUGUUAUCCUUAGGCCUGCUCAUAAGGUCAGUCUUUUCGCUGGCAUCUGGUAACCUGAAUUUCGGGAGUGCUCUCAUCAUUCUCUUAAUUGAUAAGAGUGGUUUACUGUGCCUAAAUGUUUGUACAAAUAAUAAGAUUUAUGCUGAACACCAGUUUUUCUUCUAGGAGUCUGGAAUUCUGGUAUGUGCUAGGCAGAGGGUGUCUGUGUGACUGACCCAUGAUAAAAACCCAGGGCUUGUAAGGCUCAGGCAAGCUUCCCUGGUAAAGAACACUUUACGCAUGUUACACAUGCUGCUGGAGGAAUUACACGCUUCCUGUGUGACUGCACUAGAGAGGACUCUUGAAACUUGAGCCUGGUUUCCUCUGGACUUUUUCCCAUGCACCUUUUCCCUUUGCUGAUUUUGCUUUGUGGCCUUUCUCUGUAAUAAAUCACAGCUAUGAGUACAACUAAA